AUGACCUCCUUCUCCAGCCGCAGCAGCUACAAAUCAUCCCCCAUGAGGAGCUCCAUUCUCAUGGCCCCUGCCGUGUCCCAAAGAGUCAGCCUGGGGGCCGGCAGCGUGUACGGAGGUGCUGGUGGGUCUGGAGUCCGUGUCUCCAAGGCCUCCUUCGUUUCCUCCGCCGGUGCAGGUGGAUUCGACCUGGCCAACGCUGUUGACGUAACUGCCAGCGAGAAAUUCACCAUGCAGAACCUCAAUGACCGCCUGGCCACUUACCUGGACAAGGUGCGCAACCUGGAGAAGGCCAACGCUGACCUGGAGCUGAAGAUCAGGCAUUUCCUGGAGAACAGAGCCUUGCCAGAGGCUCACAAUCACACCAGCUUCAACGUCCGCAUCAAAGACCUGCAGGACCAGAUCAACUUUGCUGCUCGUGGAAACGCUGGCGUCAUCCUCGCCAUCGACAACGCCAAGCUGGCCACUGAUGACUUCAGAGUAAAGUAUGAGAAUGAGCUGGCCAUGCGUCAGUCAGUGGAUGCCGACAUCGCCGGGUUGAAGAGGGUCUUGCAAGAGCUGACCCUGGCCCGGUCAGAUCUGGAGAUGCAGGUGCAAGGUCUGAGAGAUGAGCUGGUUCAGCUGAAGAGGAACCAUGAAGAUGACCUGCUGGCUCUGAGGGCCCAGAUGGGAGGACAGGUGAAUGUGGAGGUGGACGCUGCUCCUCAGCAGGACCUGUCCUUUGUGUUGGCUGGAAUCAGAGAGCACUACGAACAAGUCGCCAGCAAGAACCGCAGAGACCUGGAGGCCUGGUUCCAG